GUUUAUACGCUUGUGAAUGCGUCAGUCUGCAAUAUACAUCCAAGCAUGGCGGACGCCGAACUUGUGAAGGCUAUUGCAUUUGGUUUAACGUACUUUUAUUUGAAAUGUAAGCAAAGUGAAAUAAAAAAAAGGAGAGCUCGACGACAGCGAAGAUGGUGGAUGAAAAAGAUUCAUCAUAAUCGUACCAGACAAUUUAUAGAAGAGAAAUUUAAUGAACUUUUAUAUGAACCAUCUGGAGAGUUUGAUAACUUCUGCCGAAUGAGCUAUUCUGAUUUUGAGUUUUUACUGCAAAAAAUUUCACCAAUGAUAUCCAAGCAUGAUACAGACUUCAGAGAAGCUAUACCAGCCAAAUUUCGUCUUGCCAUUACGCUACGAUUUUUGGCAUCUGGUGAUUCUUACAAAAGCCUUCACUUCUUGUUUAAAGUAUCUGUCUCUAUGAUAUCAAUAAUCAUUCGUGAAGUUUGCCGAGCUCUUAAUGAAAUUCUAAAGGAUCUAGUUAAGAUGCCCACCACAGCAGAAGGAUGGCUUAAUAUAGAAGAAGGAUUCAGGACUAAAUUUCCGCAUUGCAUAGGUGCAUUGGAUGGCAAGCAUGUAGUCAUUGAAAGCCCAACGCAUAGUGGAACAGAGUAUUACAAUUAUAAGAAAACUUUUAGCAUUGUCCUUUUGGCUUUAGUGGAUAGCAAAUACAAAUUUGUAUUCGCAGACAUCGGGAGUCAAGGAAGAAUAAGUGACGGCGGCGUCUUUAAUAAUUGUUUACUAUGGAAAAGAAUAAUUAGAAACGAGAUAGAUUUUCCACCACCAUGUCCACUUCCAGGAUCGAAUAUUAAUAUUCCAUACGUGUUUUUAGCUGACGGUGCUUUAGCAUUGAGUCAACACGUAAUGAAACCCUACCCUGGAAACCAUGAAGUAGGCUCACCAAAAAGGUUAUUUAACCAAAAUUUAUCUAGAUCCCGAGUUGUAGUUGAAAAUACGUUUGGAAUUUUAACCUCAGUUUUCAGAAUAUUCAGACGCCCUAUCAAUUUAGAACCACAAACUGUAACGGAAUUUACGAUGACUUGUGUACUACUACAUAACUUUUUGAGAACAAGUAAAAGUUCUUCAAAUCGAUAUACUCCUCAGAGUUCGUUUGACGUAUAUGACAGUAGUGGAAAUAUGGUUACCCCUGGUUCAUGGCGUAGAGAUAACGACGAAUAUAAUGCAUUGCAAAAUUUACCACAAAUACCACGAAGAUCUCCGGUGAGCGCCAGAGAAGUCAGGGAAGAAUUUACUUCAUAUUUUAAUAGGAUUGGAUAAGUUGAUAAAAAUGUAUAAAUAAAUGUAGGUUUAAUAACCAA